AUGGUGCUGACGCAGUCGAACGGCGUGCUAGCGGUGUGGGACCUGCUACGGUGCCAGCAGCGGCCCGCGCUCACCACGCAGCUCUGCCCCGAGCCGCUACUCUCACUGUGCAUGCACGAAACGGGCACCCUUGCUGCUUGCGGGAGCGAAAAGGGCAACAUUUACCUCGUGGAGAUGUCACCCAACAUGACACAAACUGAUAAAAACGAUAAAGCUUUACUAACUGCCAUACUGGAGCGCGAGAGCAAGCGCGAGCGCAUCCUAGAAGCACGGCUGCGCGAGCUGCGCCUUCGCCAGAAGCAGCCGGAGCGCACCGCGUCCUCCGCCACGCUGCCCGCGCCCGCUGACCUGCCCGCCGUCUCCGCGCAGUACGCGCUCGCUGUGCGCCGCGAGCUCGCCGCGUUAUCCUGA